AUGGAGUUCACCCAUAGCGGUGUCCAUCCGUUUGCGAUUGCGUCCUUGGCAGUGGAGGCGAUCUUCGCACUCAAAGUCUUAUGCCUGGCUUGUUCUUAUGGGCAGCUCAUCAAGCAGAAAGUUCGAAAUGCUGCAGCAGCAUUGGGCAGAUUCGCAUCUCAGCCGUACAUAUCCAGACGGAGCGCCGAGGAGAAGAUCAGAUUUGAGGAAGUGCUCCAGUUGCGAGUUCAGAUGAUUCCCUUCUACAUGGUGUGUUGUGUUGUGAUGUCACAUCUCGGUCUCAUGACCGGUCUCUUCCAUGUAGCUUGGGAUGGGUGGAUGCAGCCUGGAGGUUACUGGACAUCCUUAGCGCUUUGCGUGGUAAACAUGACCUAUUUGUUCAACCCACGAGUUGUAUCUAAACCCACCAUGAACUUGUGGUAUGUUUUGCACAUGACAUUCGGUGCUUUGUAUCUGGCGCCUUGGUCAAUAGCGCCCGCGCAGACAUUCAAUGCGUCCUUGGCGGUGCUUGCGCUCAUACGGCUGCCUGCGAUACUGCUUGCUUCUACACCUCUUUUGGUUGUUGGAUGCAAUUUGGGAGUUAGCGCUUUGCUCGUUGUACGAACAAUGUCUGAAACUUGGGCUCCGCCGGCCUGCAAUAUUUUGCAACCAGCACUUACACUGCUGUGCGGCGAAGUGCUCGGCCUUGCUUUGACUACUAGUUCGGCCUUCCUUUUGAAUGGGCUUCUGCACCACAAGGUUAAGCGUGACACCAGGCACAAGAACACCACAACCCAGUUGGUGGCAGCAUCUUCGUUGCUCAGCAUCACAUGUGAUGCAGUCGUUGAACUUGAUGCCGACCUCCGGAUUACAAAAGACUCUCCUCAGUUGACCACCAUGUUGCUCCGAGACAGGGCUGGUGCCACAGUGAAAGGCAUGAUGUUUACGGAUCUGAUGCCGACAGAGGAUGAAGCGGAACGAGCCUAUGAGAUACUCUCUGGUAGGAGCUGCACAGAGACGGCUGCUGGCCGGGAAGAAGGUAUCUAUGCGAAUGCCUUUCACACCCGCCUUGUUGACAGCUGCUCCAGCAAGUUCCGAACAGAAGUCUUCCAGGUGGCUUACAGCCAAGUGGAUGGCCAAGUUCAUCAUCUCAUAGGUCUGCGUGACUUCACAGAUCAAACAGCCUUGGCUGGCGAGAAGGCCGUGGAUGCCAAGGAGGGCUGUGUUUCGAGUACGAUCGACGAAUUCCCGUGGGAACCCGCUCAGGACCGAAGCCAUGGCAGGGAGCGAUCUGAGUCUGAGGAGAUGUCUGUAGAUGACACGGUCUUCUUGUACGUCGACAUGCAACGUUGGCGUGUGACGGCUGCGUCGCUGACGGUGGCGUACAUGUCUGGCAAGGACUUGGGGGAGCUCUUCUCCGAAAACGGGCUCAAGUUAUUACAGCACAUUUGGGAGGAGGCGACGGGAGAGCAAGAAGAUUUGAUGUACCCGCUCCAUCAGCUGAAAGUUCAUUGCGGUGAUGGUCAGUACGCCAAGAUCUCUGGCCGAGUGGAGGUCGCCAAAGCACAAACGGGGGAGAUUUGCCUGUUGCUGUAUUUCAAGCCCACACGUCACAUCCUCCGGAGCUAUUGCCCGCCGAGUCCAGCAGACGCAGCUUCAGCUUCAAUGAGUGUGGUGAGUGUAUCGGAGGAUGCACCCGUCGUGCACCAUUCCUUGUAA